AUGAUGCAGACCAACAUCGCCGGAGUCUUCGCAGCAGGUGAUGCCGUCACGUUCCCGCUGGCCUUGAGGAACAACAAGAAGGUGAACGUCCCUCACUGGCAGAUGGCCCAUAUGCAUGGGCGUGUGGCUGCGCUGAACAUGCUGGCCCAUGGCGUGGAGGUCAGCACAGUGCCCUACCUGUGGACAGCCAUGUUCGGGAAGAGCAUCCGCUACGCAGGCCACGGGGAAGGAUUCGAUGAUGUUGUCAUUCAGGGAGAUUUAGAUGAACUGAAGUUUGUGGCAUUUUAUACCAAGAGUGACGAGGUGGUGGCUGUGGCCAGCAUGAACUACGACCCUAUCGUGUCCAAGGUGGCCGAUGUCCUGGCUGCUGGCAGGACCAUCCGCAAGCGCGACGUGGAGUAA